UAUCAUGAAAUGCGCUACACAAAUAAACUUGAGUUGAAUUUAAUUGAAUUUUAGGAAACAUCAAUCAGUAAUUUUUAAGAAAUCAAAAAAUGUAAAGGGGUGGUUGACUGUUUUUAUUUUUUUCUAGAAUUGAUUGCAUUUGUGGGGUGCAGUCUAACAUGUGCUAAUGCUUCAUUUAAAAAACAGCAAAAAAAAAAACAACAACAACGAAAAAAAAUUCAUUAUUUUUCACAUAAUUUACCUUUAUUCCAAACCACUCUGUCCCUUCUCUGAUAAACGCGCUGAUCAUUUACUGCUUUUAUCAAGCCCUCCCUCAGAAAUACGCGAUGGGCUCAGAUUGGUUAGCUGGCCCAGUGUGUGUGAUACGCUAGAUUCGUGCCUAGAACGCGUCUAAAGCCCGGUACACACCAAGCCAACGUUUGGCCGUCGGGCAGUUUUUGUUCGUCGGCCGACUAAGUUUUCUCAGUGUGUUCCGCGCCGUCAGCUGAAGUUGGUCCUCGUCUGCUUUUUUUCGGCCGAUUCGACAUGUUGAAUCGGCGUCGGAGCAGUGUGCGAGAAAAGGCGCAGAACAAAAAAACUGCCAUAAUUUUAAAAGACAAUAUCUCCGUUUGCAUUGAACUUUCAACUUCGUAACUUUGCAGAUAUUGUUUAUGCUCAAACAGCAACAUUACACACUAAUGUUAAAAAAGUGAAAUCGCAAUCAACCACCCUUUAAAAGCAUUUUUAUUAACUGAAAUGCGCCAUCCAUGUAUGAAUUGACAUUUUAAAAGCACAUGAUCUAUUAUUAUCAUAUUGAAUAGUUGUGCUUGAGAGAUUAUUCUUUACUAAGUGUUUUAAAUAGGUCUGAAAUUAAAAACUCGCUAGAUGUUAAACAAAAUUUUGAACAGCAUUAACUUUAUAAUCAAUGAACACUCUUCUUUCUUUAUCACGUCUUGUCUCUGUAUUAUCACCGGCUUUUCUGUCACGCUAAAGCCUGUCCGGCUGUUGGGCUCAUGAAUAUUAAUCACGUUGUCUGCGUCAAAUCAAGUCAAAAAUACAGUGAAAUGGCAGAAGGCAACAUUUCAAUGGAAGAGGACCAGUUGAAAUGUCCAGUGUGUCUGGAUCUCCUGAAGGAGCCAGUGACAAUUCCCUGUGGACACAGUUACUGUAAGCGCUGCAUCACAGACUGCUGGGACGAGGAGGAUCGGAUAAGAUGUCCUCAGUGCAGACAGACCUUCGGGCCAAGACCAGUUUUAGGUAAAAAUGUGGUGAUUGCUGACAUGGUGGAAAAACUGAAGAAGACGAGACUCCAAGCUGCUGGUCCUGCAGUUCAUCACACUGGACCUGGAGAUGUUCAGUGCAACUCCUGCACUGGAUUUAAACAGAAAGCAGUGAUAUCAUGUCUGGAGUGUCGAAGCUCUUACUGUCAAAAUCACCUUCAACACCAUGAGAAUCUCUUCAGAGGUAAAAAACACAAUCUGAUAGAUGCCACUGGACGACUGCAGGAGAUGAUCUGCCUUCAACAUGAUAAAAUGCUGGAAAUUUACUGCCGUACUGACCAGCAGUGUGUCUGUAUGCUGUGUUUGGUGGAUGAACACAAAAAUCAUGACACUGUAUCAACUGCAACAGCAAUAACUGAGAAACAGAGUCAUCUGGAGAAGAACCAGAGAAAGAUUAUCCAGCCGAGAGAGAAAGAUCGUCAGGAGCUGAGAGGGGCUGUGGCGUCUCAUAAGCGCUCUGCACAGACAGCAGUGGAGGACAGUGAGAGGAUCUUCGCUGAACUCAUCCGCUCCAUUGAGAAACGUUGCUCUGAGGUGAAGCAGCUGAUCAGAGAUCAGGAAAGAGCUGCAGUGAGUCGAGCUGAAGAAAGAUUGGCGCGACUGAAGAAGAUCAAUGAUCUGAAGAGGAGAAACAUGGAGAUGAAGCUGCUUUCAGAAACACGGCAUCAUGUUCGUUUUCUCCAGGAUUUGCUGUUGGUCUUUCAGUGUCUUUCGGAUGGCUUUACUGGCAGUUCUUAUCAGACCUUUGAUGCUGUAGUGAAAUCAGUAUCUCAACUCAGACUGCAGUUCUGCAAAGAAGAGACAGAAAAGAAAUCUGGAACAAUGACAACCGUCCAGGUCAUUCUUGCUCCUGAAUAUCACACCAGAAGAAAGUUCCUACAAUAUUACCGUCUGUUGACUCUGGACCCAAACUCAGUGAAUAAUUGGCUCCGUCUGUCUGAAGGAAACACAGUGAUCACUUAUGCUGACAAACACCAGCGUUAUCCUGAUCAUCCAGACAGAUUUGAUUGUUGGGCCAAUGCAUUGUGUAGAGAGAGUGUGACUGGACGCUGUUACUGGGAGGUGGAGUGGAGUUGCAGUCGUGGGAGAUUAGGAGUCUCUGUAGCUGUGGCAUAUAAGAGUAUCAGAAGGAAAGGACAGGAACCUGAGAUUUUAGCUGGGCUUAAUAAUCAGUCCUGGAGUUUGUUCUGCUCUCCAGACAGUUGCUCACUCUGGCACAAUAACUUUGUGACUGAACUUCCUGUGGCGUCCAGCUGUAGAAUAGGAGUGUAUGUGGAUCACAGCGCAGGGAUUUUGUCCUUCUACAGCGUCUCAGACACAAUGAGCCUCAUCCACAGAGUCCAGACCACAUUCACUCAGCCUCUCUGUGCUUUGUUUGGGGUGAAUAAACACUCAAGACUGAAACUGUGUCGUCUAACCCCUUUCAAAUGUGAGAUUACAACAAACCUACUAGCUGAGGCCCCAGAGUGAGGCCUUUUUUUAGGUGACCAUUAUUUAAGCCAUAUUGUUUCCAUGGCGACGCGUCAUGCUUGUCAUGUGACACAACGCAGCCACAAUAGCUCUGUAUGACAUGGAUCGCUUUUAUUUAGAUUUUCCUGCAUAUUGCAUAUUUUAGGUUUCAGACAUUUAAGUACACAUAAGUACUAGUAAAACAAUACAUUUAUAGCUUGUAAAAUACAUACAGAUGUCUAUGGAAGCAACAAUAACAAUCCAUUCAAAUUUUAUUUGCCGAUGUGUUUUAUUCAUAUCAGAUACACAGUGUAAGUAACUAUAAAGUUCACUCUAUUCUUCUCCCAGUUCACCAGCCACUUACUUGCAUGUAUUUCGGGAGAAAUUGAUGAAUUCACAUGCUGUAAAUCAGACUGACAGAACUCUCUGAACUGCGGCGCGAACAAACAUGACGGCGCCCAUCUCACGUUACAGAUCAAGAUAAUUUAUAAAGGUGUUUAAACGACAAAACACACUCAUUUACACAUAUUUGUGAAUCAGAAUAUCAGAUUGUUCAUGACAUGGUAAGCAAGUUUGUGAAUAUAUUAAAUAAAAAAGGAAAAACUAAACAAAAGCGAUCCAUCUGUCAUACAGUGUUAUUGUGGCCGCGGUGUCACGGGACAAUCAUGAUGUGUCGCCAUGGAAACAGAAAGGGCAAACGUUCUAAAAUAACGGCCGCCUUAAAAAAACUCACUCUGGGGGGACCGCUAGAAUAUUUUAAACUCUUCACUGAAAGGGUUAAGAGUUAUCAUCAGAUGGGCAUUGGGCAUGGCUGUAGUGUAAGAGCUGAAACUGAAUAUUGAAAAAUGUGUGAAAUUUAGUCUUUUUUUGUUGAAAUUGGACUGUCUUCUUUGACUGUCAAAUGUAUUGUUUAAAUCUCCCGAUAAAACAUACAGUGUCUGUACUUCUGCAUUGAUUACUCUUGAAGUGCCCAUAUUCUAUUUUUUUUUUAAAAAUGGGUUGGCACAGGGGGGACCAAGAACCAGUCAGGGGGGCCUAUGCUGCCCUACAAAGGCAAAGUGUAGUAACUACGCAAACACUGAAACUGAGAAAAAUGCCUUUAAAGUUUUUACAUCAGCCAGUCAAACAUGUUGACCACAUGACCACUGAUGUGACCUUUGACCACCAAAAUGCACAUACUGCACUCUGCCUUUGGAUGAUCUUUCACAACUAAUAUACUAUUGCAAAAGCAAAGUGCAGUAUCUACAAACUAACUGUGUUCAUCCAGCUUUCUUGUGUUUCUUACUACCUGUUGAUUGUUUUUAAUAACUUGUUUGCAUGUUGUGAAUGUUAAAAUUGCUCAGUAGUAAACCUCAAUAUCGUAUUAUUGCAAUGCUCCUUUCACCACAAAGAGUGUUUUGCUCAUUUUAUUUAAAAAGUAAUUCAUUACAGUCCAAGUAGUUAAAACAGUAGUUAAAAAUCCACACAAUUUAACUAGGGAUGCCAUAAAAGAAAAUAAGGGACAAUUUAUAAGUGAUUCUUUACAGGAAAAUAAGAGACAGAAUAAGGGAUGCUCAAAAUUUUUGUACCAUACCACAUUCUGUACAUCAUUUCCAUGUCUGCGGUUAAGUAUAUGUAUAAAAGGUGUAUAAAAUGUACUCAGAAAUAACCUCAUUUGUUUGCUUAACGUAUUUAUGUACAAUUAUUCUAAAAGGAAUUUUAAUGUCAUACAAAAAAAAUAAAUAAAUGUCACAUACAUUACACACAAACCACUGGUAGUAUAAUCAGUAUAAUAGUGAAAGAAGGUAGAUUGCAUGUGUUCUUGCCUAGCUGGACGUUGUGCUCAUGAUAAUCACGUUCCUUGCAUUCACCCAAUCAAAACGCGGACGGUGAGGGGAAUUGCAGUCAGUGCGAGUCUCACUGUGAACCGGAAGCGUCAUAAAGCCUUCCUCGAACGGCUAUGUUAACAAAUGAAACUGAUUUGUAAUGACAUUCUACCAGAAACGUACAUUAUCUGUCAUUGACUUCUUACAGUGAAUAAAAAG